UGUGUUUGGCAAUAUGUGUAUUGCAAUAGCUCCACCGUGGACCAUGUCUCUAUCUGUUGUUGUGUUGAUGUUGUUACAACAUGGAUUAUGUCAAGGGUUUGAUACCGAAGAUAUCAACCGAGUUUCUGGCACCGUUGGCGAAGGCUACAGCGCAAGGCAGGACUUCUACACCAUCAGAGAAUCAAUUGGGCGUCUCGAUAUCGACGUCACCAACUAUUUCGUUGACACUGAAAAUUUCGAAAUAGCAGACAGCUUCGUCGUGAAAUGGCACCUGAAAGAACACCGUAAUGUCACCAACGCUGCUACGCCGGGGGUGGAUGUCACGCCCACAAACGGAUCUAUCGUGUUUUCAAAAGAAAAGAGUGUGCGAACCAUCACACUCUUCAUUGAGACUGAUGAUGGGAUAGAAGAGGAUGAAACGUUCUUACUUCACCUGGUGUCAGACGAGAAAACUGCUUUGCCACACCUGAGGGAAUUUACAACCAUUACGAUCAUUCAAGACGAGCAAUGUUUCGGCUUGACGUGCACACACACAUCCCACACUAUGUGGACACAUAUCCCACACUAUGGACACACAUAA